CCGAGUCAUUCUCAGUGGACCAUGAGCGAGGACGAUGAAACAAACAAAAUGUGGUCUUUAGAGAGAGUGAGCUUUUAGAGAGAGAAACUAGAGUAAACAAAAGCCAUAGCCGGGGAGGAGACGACGAGGAAGAUCUGAAGAACAUCUGGAAAUACGAGACUCUGAAACCGUAAUGGAAGUGACAGGAGGUGGAUCCCCAGGCCAGGACUCAAUAGGGUCUGGGACGAAAAGGUCCAGUGUUUCAUCAGGCAGCAGGCCCCGUCAUCAAAAGGAAUUUCUUUAUAGGUUUAUGGACGGUGAACGCCUCACCUUGGAACUUCGAGACUGGAUCGAGUCAUUAUCAGAAGAGUCAAAACCAGAGAAGCCUGCCUUUGAUGUCCCUUUUGAGUUGAUAGAACUUCAAAAAUUUGACUAUGCACUGGAAGGGAUUUCAUUUCAGCAACUAAUUCGGAUGCCCAAUGUUGGCAAAGCCUCAAAUUCAGAUGCAGUGGAAGCAACUGCUUAUCUGGCUAUUGAAGAUUUCCUGCAUGCAAGUGUGAAGGGCUUGUGGGAGGCAUUUUGGGGGCUGGAUGAUCCCAUGCCUUUCUCCAUUGCCUGUUUAUACAAUGCCAACUUAAAAUUCUAUCAGGCUGAGAAGGCAAUAGCCAAUCAAAAGCUUGAAGGCCUUUGUGCCACUGGCAUAUUGCUAAAAAACCCUAGACAUCCGCAUGGCAAAUGGGACCAUAUCCUCGAGCUGGCUCUUCUUAGUCCUGAUAUUGGAAGCCUUGCUUUGCAAAGUGAUUUGCGGCUUUCUUUGUCUGUUCUAGGUGAGGCUCUUUUCUAUGGUCUCCGCAUUCUAUUAUCAAGAAACUUAAGCAGAUUGAAAUUUUCUGAGAGUCCAAACUGCGUCUUUGUUAUUCUUGUUGAUUCUCAAUAUGGUGGUGUUAUAAAACUCGAAGGAGAUGUGACUAAAUUGAACUUUGAUGUGAAUAAUGUUUAUGAAUGUGCUGCCGAGUGGAUUAAAACACAUUCUAGAAUCACAGUCUCUCCAAUUGAUAGAAUCUGGAACAAGCUUGGAAAUGCCAACUGGGGAGAUAUUGGUGCUCUACAGUUACUCUUUGCAACCUUCCACAGUAUAAUGCAAUAUGCCGGAUUGCCCAGGUACUCAAUUGAAGAUUUGGCUGCUGGCCAUAGCUCUCGCCUCCAAGCAAGAAGAAUAGAGAGGCAGUUGGGCGAUACCAAAGUUAAUGGAAAUGGUCUAUUCCGGUUCCAACAACGCAGUGUGUCUCCUGAAAUUGUUGAAGUUCAGGAUGAAUCCAUCAAACAUGAGCACAAAGAGGCAAUGAAGCUGGAAAUAGGGUCUGUUUUAUGGUUGGAGGAGUCAAAUUGGCAAAAGGGUUAUCAAAUAGAUGAGGUUCGAAGUAAUGGUGAGCUUCCAUAUUAUGUUGCAUCGCCUACUGAAGAGCCGGGAAAAUCUCUGUUUCUAUAUGUUGGCUCUCAUCCUUCUCAACUAGAGCCAGCGUGGGAAGAUAUGAAUUUGUGGUAUCAAGUUCAGAGGCAGACUAAGAUAUUGACUAUCAUGAAACAGAAAGGUCUAUCCAGCAAGUAUCUCCCACAGUUGAGUGCUUCUGGCAGGAUUAUUCACCCUGGUCAGUGUCAAAGACCAUCUUCUGGUGGAAACUGUGACCACCCUUGGUGUGGCACCCCAAUUCUUGUCACAAGCCCAGUUGGUGAAACAGUUUAUGAUAUGGUAAGUGAAGGGCGAUUUGGCUUGGAUGAGGCUAUCAGGUGUUGUCACAAUUGCCUAUCUGCACUGUCUACUGCCUCUUCUGCAGGCAUUCGGCAUGGAGACAUCAGGCUGGAGAAUAUUAUAUGCGUGAGAUCUGGCGUGAGGCAUUCUUACUUUGUCCUUGUUGGAUGGGGGCAUUCCAUUCUUGAAGAUAGGGACCGUCCUGCUAUGAAUCUUCACUUUUCAUCAACUUAUGCUCUGCAGGAGGGGAAGUUGUGCUCAGCUUCAGAUGCAGAGAGCUUGGUAUACGUGCUUUAUUUUUCCUGUGGCGGGUCUUUACCUGACUUGGAUUCAGUAGAGGGGGCAUUGCAGUGGAGAGAGAACGCUUGGUCAAGGAGGUUGAUUCAGCAGAAGCUCGGUGAUGUCUCAACAGUGUUGAAAGCAUUUGCUGAUUAUGUAGACAGUCUCUGCGGGACGCCUUAUCCAAUUGAUUAUGAUAUAUGGCUAAGAAGAUUGAGGAGAAAUAUUCAAGAGGAAGAUCACGGUAAGGGAAUUGAUACAUCAGGCUGAGCUUUUCUUCUGGUCAAAUUGGCAUAACUAUACCUGCUUGAUCAGCAUUAUCGCAGCACACCCUGAUUCGAGCAAUGUGAAACAUUGGUGGUGGUUGGAACUCCAUGGAGGAACCGGACUUUAUAUCCUCGGGCAAAUUUGAAGGAUGCACCCCAUGAAACAAAUUAAUCAUGAUUUUUUCUGGCUGUUGGUUGGGUUAUCUCCUUUCAUGUUGGAAUUUACACUGAUAGCUCGUUGAUUUCUACACAUGCAAUUCUAGAACACCCUAUAACCUGAAGGUGUUCCAGGUUAUAGGGUGUUCUUGGGCUGAGUUUAAAAAGUUUUCUGGGUAUAUUUUCAUGAAGUCUACGCUUUACAAAGGAAAGAAGCUCUCAAGGGUUUAUUUCCUUUUUGGCUGCUAGGACAGGUUCCCUUUUGUCAUAUAUUGUAUUUGUAUUGAUUGGUAUCUUUCCUUUGUAAAAAAGUUAUGAGCCAAUUCAGGUUGUCCUGAAACUUGUGUUAUUUUCA